AAUGGUGGACCUGGAAACCAGCUGGAGAUUGCAAAGUCUCCUUUCCCUCGAGGUUGCUGGUCAUCUUCCACCACAUUCAGAGAAACUAGAAGAGCUCCAUGAUAACUUCUCCAAGGUUCGUUUCACUAUGGAAGACCAAAUGCUUUUCUGGCUCAGGUUUUGUGAAGUUCAGCUUCUGCCUUGUACCUGGAAUUUGGAAAAGGGAUCAUCUCUGAGACACGAUUAAGAGACAGAAAAACCAGUCCUGUAUGAUGAGCACUUUAAGUAGCACUGGAAUAUUACUCAGCUUAAUGACAGUCUCUGUUACGCUGGAUUUUAGUUUGCAUGGUGGUCUGAUGGCUUGGUCCUUAAGCAGCAAUUUGACACUGAAUCACAGUUUGCCCACAUCUGAUCUUCUUAAUGCCUCUGAGAAGGGUGAAGUCUCUCAGAUGUCUGUGAGGGAGAAGAACUGGCCUGCCCUCCUGAUCUUGGUUGUCAUUCUACUGACCAUUGGGGGGAAUAUAUUGGUAAUUAUGGCUGUGUCUUUGGAGAAGAAGUUGCAGAAUGCCACAAACUUCUUUCUGAUGUCCUUGGCGGUGGCAGACAUGCUGGUGGGUAUCCUGGUCAUGCCUGUGUCGCUCAUUACAGUUCUGUAUGGGAUAUCCAUGCCCAUUCCAGUCAUCGGUUUGCAAGAUGAUUCCAGGGUGUUUGUAAAUGGGACCUGUGUCCUCAACGAUGAGAACUUUGUCCUCAUUGGAUCCUUCAUGGCGUUCUUCAUCCCUCUCAUCAUCAUGGUGAUCACAUACUGCCUGACUGUCCAGGUGCUGCAGAGACAGGCAACGGUGUUCAUGUGUGGAGAGGUCCCCAAGCAAAGGAGGAGCAGCGUAAACUGCCUCAAGAAGGAAAACAACGCAGAGAACAUUUCAAUGCUUCACAAUCACGAGGGGGCAUCUCACUUGAACUCUCCUGUAAACAAGGAGGCAGUGCUUUUUCGGAAAGGUACUAUGCAGUCCAUUAACAACGAGCGAAGAGCCUCCAAGGUCCUGGGCAUCGUCUUCUUUUUGUUCCUCAUCAUGUGGUGUCCAUUUUUCAUCACUAAUGUCAUGUCUGUCCUUUGCAAGGAAGCCUGCGAUAAAGACCUCUUGAGUGAACUCCUUGAUGUGUUUGUUUGGGUGGGGUACGUUUGCUCUGGAAUUAAUCCCCUUGUAUACACACUCUUCAAUAAAACCUACCGCAGGGCUUUUUCCAAUUAUAUCUGUUGCCAAUACAAGACCAGUAAAAAAUCAGCACCACGGCAGAAUCAGUGUCUGAAUGUUACUUCAACAGCUUUAUAUGGGAAAGAUCUGACUUUAACUAGUUAUCGAAAUGGCAAUGAACUCAAUAGCACGGAACUAGAUGAAGCAGAGGAGGGCUUUGAAAUGCAACCCGGGACUUCAGAGCUCUCUAUAAACAGCUGUAAUGUUGUAAGUGAAAGAGUGAGCUGUGUGUAAAGGUCUCUCACACAGCCUUUUGCUCUGGUGUAUCUGUAGCCAAAAUAUAUUGUGUAAAAAUAUGUGUUGGUCAAAGACAAUGUAUAUAUUGCAUUCUGAAAAAAGGGGGUUUUUUUGGUUUUGUUUAUUUGUUUUUUUUAAGAAAAAAAGAGUUGUCUUUCCAGUCCACUACUUAAAAUUGUAUAUAUAUUACUAUACUGCAGUGA